UUUUGCGCCACGUGUAAUUCUUUUCAAAACAAUAACAAAGUAACAAAUUUAUACAUAUGUGAAAAAUUUUAUGAUUUUGUGCUUUUUAAAAGCAUUUUUUCUCUAGCUAGCCAAAUGGGAGAUACAAAUGAUUCUGCACCGUUUGAACGAUUCAACAUUGAUGUCAAUUUACUGCUCAUACCUGGAAUUUUAUUAGUUAUUUUUGUUGGUAAGGUUUAAAUACAUUUAAAUGUUUUAUGAUGAUUAAUGCACUCUGAAGUAGUAUAAUCACACUGUUUAACUGAUUAUAUUGCUGCUUAUUGAGCCAAGGUUUUUUAAAUAUAAUGGAAUGUAAUUGCUGUUGAAUUUUGAAAACAUCAGUUGUUUAUUCUGGUGUAUUGAUUCACUUGUGUAUGCAGUAUAUUAAAAGCACCAAUGUAUAUGGUUCAAGUUGGUUUGACUUAUAUAAAAUCCAUCAGAGUGAUGUGACCGCUUUUAUAUUUGCUAGUAUUUUCGCUACUAACUUCCCACCUUUCGAUAAGCUUUGAAUAGGAUAUGUCUCUCUGUUUCCUUUUCAGUACUAAUGAUAUAUAAACUAUUAAAGAAUGAAAGCAAUAAGAAGAAACUACGGGAAGAAAAGAAAAUUAAAAAACAAGGGAAAAAAGAGAAGAAAAAGAUGUGAUGGAAGCAUAGAAAAUAAACACAAUUAAUGACUUAAUUUAUAAAUAUGUAUUAUUCUAUUAUGAACUGUAUAUUUACUACCAAAACAUCUUCAGUCAUUUUAGAAUUUUUACCAGUAAAUUAUUUUAAUUUAAAGCUAUAGUUAAUUUAUGGUAACAUUUUGCAAUGAAUGCUAAGUUGAAAACAAUGCAUUUCUGAAUUAUUUUAACACAGAAUGAAACCUAAGCAUACAUG